UUCCUUAUUAAAUGAGAGCUGUAGCUAAGCCACGUUUUACACCCGACCAGUACCUUCAACUGAGCGGUCCUCCUGGGGAAGCUGCACCCUGUCAGUAUGGCUCAGGAGUUUGUGAACUGCAAGAUCCAGCCUGGGAAGGUGGUCGUGUUCAUCAAGCCCACCUGCCCCUACUGCCAGGAGACACAAGAAAUCCUCAGGCAACUGCCUUUCAAACAAGGGUUUCUGGAAUUUGUGGAUAUCACAGCUACCAACAACACCAGUGAGAUUCAAGAUUAUUUACAGCAGCUCACCGGAGCGAGAACAGUCCCUCGCGUCUUCAUUGGUAAAGACUGUAUAGGUGGAUGCAGUGAUCUGAUUAAAAUGCAGAAGAAUGGGGAGCUGAUGACCCGCCUGAAGCAGAUCGGAGCUCUGCAGUAAUGAAGGGGGGCAGCAGACCCCAUGCUGACAGCAGCUGUCCAGCCAUGCUGAUGCCAAUGCCAGAGAGCUGACCUGAAUCAAAAAGGAUGCCAGUAUUUCCUGGUGACUGGGAUUUUGAACAAAAACAGCUUUUAUUUCUUCUUUCCUUCAGUGCUAAAAACUGUUGCAAUUUGCUUUAACCUUGCAGCCAAGAAGCUUAGCAGACCACACUAGUUAGAAUAUGCAUUCUUCAUGUACCACCAUAUCUCUACCUCUAAGCCCACAAUUCUCAACCAAGUUUGUCUAAAUCUCCAGUGAAUCCGUUGCUGGUUCUCUGCUAGUACUGGUCAGCUGAAAUAAUUUUCCAGAACUCGGCUUCAUAAAGUGUUAUUAAAUCAUUGGAUAUUGUAAACUUGUUUUCAGUCACACAUGCAUCUCCCUCCCACACCCACCUCACUUCAGCAAUGACAGUUCUGAGUCAGUGUGCUUGAUCUUGCCCUGUCCCAGAACUCACAGAAGAUAAUCCACACUUACAUGAGAAUACCAAGAAAAUCUCAAGCAGCUGUGUGUUGAUCUGAGUUAGACUAAAAGCAAAAUUAAAUAUGAAAUGCAAAAUUAGAAAACCCUGCUUCCAAGAAUGUCUAUGAAAAAGAAAAACAAACAAACAAAAAACAAGAAUGUCUGUGAAGGAAGUCAAGUUUUCGAAAUUCCUUCCACCCACACUUUGAUGUUCUGUUUUGAUGUCUUGCAAUGAUGUAUAAUUGUUGUGAAACUGCAGGUCCCUUCUCUGUCUCAGUGAGAGGGCUCAUUCCUAAUAAAGGUGUACCUGGAAAUGA